AAGAGGAGAAGAAAAAAAUAGAAGAGGAAGGAAUUUUCCGAUCUUGAUCUAAAAAAUUUCUCUUUCGCUCUCUCAACAAAUUCUCUCUGAGUUUUUUUUCUCUCCGGUCAAAAAAUGGCGAAAGGUGCAUCACAAUCGCAAUCCUCAUCAACAGCAGGAGGAGGAACAUCAAGACCAGGAGUGGUAGGAGGUGUAGCACCACGUGGAUCAGCAGCAGCAACAGCUGGGAUGCGUCGUCGUAGAGUAACCGGUGGAGGUGGUGGUGGUGGUGGUGGAUUUAGUGGUGGAAACAGUGGUGGAAGUAAUAUGUUAAGGUUUUAUACAGAUGAUGCCCCAGGUUUGAAGAUUACACCUACUGUUGUUCUUGUUAUGAGUCUUUGUUUCAUUGGAUUUGUUACUGCUCUCCAUGUUUUUGGUAAGCUUUAUCGUUACAAAUCUGCUGCGUCUGGUGGUGGUGGUGCUGGUGCUGGUGCUGGUAGUUCUUAAUUUCGACAGAUCGGUCGAGAAACAAGUAUGGAUUUUGGGUAAUCAUGUAACGGAAAGGAUGAACAAGGUUUUUAACGAAUCUUGUAUUGCUUUUUAUCAUCUUCUGAUUUUAGAUAAUUUUAGUUUUUAGGGUUUCGGUUUUUAUGUUUAAUUCAUUUUUCUCAACUUGCGAAAGACAAAGAGGUUUUGAAGAAUUUGAUAAUUACUAUAUCUUUGCUUGAAAUAUAAAUCUCAUCUAUGUUAAAUUCUCUCUUCA